AUGGCACUUCUCAAACGACUCCUUAUUCAGUACAGUCAACUUCAAAAAGAUCCAGCCCCUCUCUGCUUUGCCAAACCCAAAGAUCAAGACAACGACAUUACACAUUGGACUGGCUACAUCGACGGACCACCACAAACUCCCUAUGCCGGUGGCAGAUUCUAUCUUGUCAUUGAUUUCCCACCCGACUAUCCAUUCAAGCCACCACAAGUUCAGUUCACCACACCGAUUUAUCAUCCAAACAUUAGCAAGAAAGGCGAGAUCUGUCUUGAUAUUCUCCAUUCACAGUGGUCUCCUGCAUUCAGUAUCCGUGCUCUACUGUUAUCAAUAUGUUCGUUAUUGACCGAUCCAAAUCUUGAUCAUGGACUGAAUCGAGAAGCAUUGAAAUGCUGUGAGACGGAUAGAAAGCAAUUUGAAGAAACAGCAAGUCAAUGGACACAGAAAUAUGCGGCGAAGCAAGUGUAA